GCGACACAACGUUAUUUCGAUCAGUUUGUUGCGGGGUCGGUUUGCAAACGGUUGUGCAGGUCUAAAUUACCUAAAACUAUAUACAAUCUAUUUGGAUUGUUAAGAGUCAGAUUGGCUGAGUGUGUGUGUACAAUCAAGUAACACAGAAAAAUGUAUCAUUUGAAAAAUUUGGCACGUCAAGCGGCGGUGCGUCAGCAGGAAGUAGCUACACUGGUUAAGGCUUUGCCCACAUCAGCCUUGCAGUCUCGCGGCUAUGCAGAAUACCAAAUACCCGAUCGCCUCAAGUCUGUGCCCACAGCUAAGGAUCCACGCUUCUUCGACAUGGUGGAAUACUUCUUCCAUCGUGGUUGUCAAAUUGCCGAAGAUCGUCUUAUUGACGAUAUGAAAGGCAAAAUGUCGCUGGAGGAAAAGAAAAAUAAGGUCAAGGGUAUUUUGAUGCUUAUGCAACCAUGUGACCAUAUCAUCGAGAUUGCUUUCCCACUACGUCGCGAUUCAGGCGAAUAUGAACUAAUUACCGGUUACCGUGCUCAGCACAGUACCCAUCGUGUACCAACCAAGGGCGGUAUUCGUUUCUCUUUGGAUGUCUCACGCGAUGAAGUCAAAGCCUUGUCCGCUUUGAUGACAUUCAAGUGCGCCUGUGUCGAUGUACCAUUUGGUGGCGCCAAGGCCGGUCUUAAGAUCAAUCCUAAAGAAUACUCUGAACAUGAAUUAGAGAAGAUAACACGCCGUUUCACGCUUGAGUUGGCCAAGAAGGGCUUCAUUGGACCCGGUGUUGAUGUACCAGCACCCGAUAUGGGUACCGGUGAACGUGAAAUGUCCUGGAUUGCCGAUACAUAUGCCAAAACUAUUGGUCAUUUGGAUAUCAACGCACACGCUUGCGUAACUGGCAAACCCAUCAAUCAAGGUGGUAUUCAUGGUCGUGUCUCUGCGACGGGUCGCGGUGUCUUCCACGGUUUGGAGAACUUUAUCAACGAGGCCAAUUACAUGAGCAUGAUUGGUACCACACCCGGUUGGGGCGGCAAAACUUUCAUUGUGCAAGGUUUCGGUAAUGUCGGUCUGCACACUUGUCGUUAUUUGACACGCGCUGGCGCUACUUGCGUUGGUAUUAUUGAGCAUGAUGGCUCCAUCUACAAUUCGGAGGGUAUUGACCCCAAGGAAUUGGAAGACUACAAGAACGAACAUGGCACUAUUGUCGGUUACCCCGGUGCCAAGCCAUACGAGGGUGAGAACUUGAUGUUCGAACCGUGCGACAUCUUUGUGCCAGCUGCUGUUGAAAAGGUUAUCACCAGUGAAAAUGCACACAAAAUCCAAGCUAAGAUCAUUGCCGAAGCCGCUAACGGCCCAACCACACCAGCUGCCGAUAAGAUUUUGAUUGAACGCAAUAUUUUAGUUAUACCCGAUUUGUACAUCAACGCUGGUGGUGUAACUGUAUCAUUCUUUGAGUGGUUGAAAAAUUUGAAUCAUGUCUCAUAUGGUCGUCUGACAUUCAAAUAUGAACGUGAAUCCAACUACCACUUGCUGGCCUCAGUCCAACAAUCCAUUGAAAGAUUUGUUUUAGACGAAUCCGUGCAAGAAUCUUUGGAGCGUCGUUUCGGUCGUGUAGGUGGCCGUAUUCCGGUCACACCAUCGGAAGCAUUCCAGAAGCGUAUAUCUGGUGCCUCUGAGAAAGAUAUCGUACACUCCGGUUUGGACUACACCAUGGAGCGUUCGGCGCGUGCUGUCAUGAAGACCGCCAUGAAAUACAAUUUGGGUCUCGAUUUGAGAACCGCCGCUUAUGUGAAUUCGAUUGAGAAGAUCUUCACUACAUACCGCGAUGCCGGUUUGGCUUUCUAAUCACUACGCUAUGCUAUUUUAUGCAUCAUUCAGGCGACGUAAUAUCACUUAAUUAUUAUUAGGCAAGAAGAACAAGCAGUUAAGCGAAAGGCACAUCUUUCAAAUAUUUAAACUAAACAAAAUACAUAUAUUAGCGCCACUCAUUUACACUCCAAACAAAAAAA